CUCCACACAGUCGUGGAAGGAGUGUGGCGGCUAAGCUAACUGCAACCAUCGCAGCUAGCUACAUGUGGAGGGUAAAACGGGAGGCAUCCCCGACCCUAACUCUGUCAAAAUUCCUACUUUCUGCCCAAAACAACUCUAAAGUUCAGCCUCGUCGAAAAUAAGGGAUAAUAUCUGUUUAAAAUGAAAGGUAGCCGGAUCGAGCUGGGGGACGUUACACCCCACAACAUUAAACAGCUGAAGCGCCUGAACCAGGUCAUCUUCCCUGUCAGCUACAAUGACAAGUUUUACAAAGAUGUACUGGAAGUUGGAGAGCUUGCAAAGCUAGCAUACUUCAAUGAUAUUGCAGUCGGGGCUGUGUGCUGCAGAGUGGACCACUCUCAGAACCAAAAGAGACUGUACAUCAUGACACUUGGCUGUCUAGCACCCUACCGUAGACUUGGAAUUGGUACAAAGAUGCUAAAUCAUGUGCUAAACAUCUGUGAGAAGGAUGGCACUUUUGACAACAUUUACCUUCAUGUGCAGAUCAGCAAUGAGUCAGCCAUUGACUUUUACCAGAAGUUUGGCUUUGAGAUCAUCGAGACAAAAAAGAAUUACUACAAGAGAAUAGAGCCUGCGGAUGCCCAUGUGUUGCAGAAGAGCCUGCGCAGUCCAUGUGCACUCCCCAGCGGAGAGCUUCAGAAGUCCGACUAGGGGCACAGUGUUUGGAAAGAGCACAGAUGUGCCCGCCUCCACAGAAACAGAACUGUGACAAAUGCCCCAGGGUCGACACAUUCAACACUUUCUUCAAAGGACGCUAAAAAGAGAAAACUAAUUUCAAGUAUAAAAAUUGCUGCAUUUAUUUUGCAAAGGGGUCUCCUUUGUUUUUGCAUAUUUUAUUGCUCCCCUUUGUUCACAGAGUUAAUUGAAAAUGACAAAAAAAAAAGCUCAUUAUCCAACAGUGCUCCUAUUGACAAAGAUGCAAACUUCUGACAGUUUUUGACAUGGUGGAGGGUGUGGUGGUUGCAAAUCAUACUGUUUGUGUUUGAGUUGUUUUUAUGUGGUUAUUAAAGCUAACGGGGACAUAUCUACGCUAUUGAGCAAAAGAAAAUAGUUGGUUUGAAGCAGGAAAAGUGUUUGAAAGACCAUCGCUGACACACAGACACACACAGACACACACACAGUCCCAGCUGGUCAGUUUGGAGUGAUGCUUGGAGUUGUUACGUGGAACAGACACAACUCUAUUUCCUCACCACCUGAACCCUGGGAUUCAUGGGAAAUGAGUCUGACCAGUUUGUUGAUAUGUCCAGAGGGGAAAAGCUGAAGUGUAUCCCCUCAUUACGGGCAUAAAGAAGGCUGAACGGCUUUGUGGUGGUGGGAAGACGUGGUUACUUUGUUUUCCAGCCUGUUAAUUUAAGUCCCCCUCAACUGUUCUGUUAUUUUUAUUUUUUACAUUGAAAUGGCAAAUGGUUCAGAGGUUCUCCUGGGUUUACUACUAAGUGUGAAAACAUAAAGAAAUGAGGGAACCAAACAAAUACUGUUUUGAAUGUGUUUCUAAGAAGGGCAUUCCACUUUGUCUUGUGGGGAAUGUCUGAAUAACAAAAGAUUGGCAGUUUGGAAUUGGAUUUGGGCAUUAUUUUUCAAGUAUUAUAAUGAAGGUGUGUGAGGAUGCAUGUCUCUAAACACAUGGAAGUGUUUUGAGACACAAUACCUUCAACACCUUUGACACCUUAUGUAGCCAUCUUGCAAGAAUGAUCGCCUCAAACUUCCGCACUCAGUCAGCUUCUGUUGUUACACACCAUCAUUAGGUUUUGAGGUUCAGCUGAUAGUUUGGAAGUUUUAGUAUGAUCUGUUCAACAGUAUAUUUACCCAGAGGAAGCUCUGACCCCUCUGCAUGCAAGGAGAGUUGUGUCCUCUCCAUUGUAGUAUACGCAUGUUUUCCUUUCUUUGAAGAAUUUUAUCUUUUCUGGAGCUCUAUAUUGUAAGACUUUUUAACGUCUAAAUAAAGGAAUUACUAUUUGCAGUAAAUAA